UAUGAGUGUCCCGAGCCCUGGGCGAGCAGCGAGGGUGAGAUGAGGGCCCCAAACGCCGAACCCGGCCCGGAGCCCACCCGUCCCCCGGUCGCCUGGUUACCUGGCCCGCUCGACGGAGGUGUGCGUCUGCGUUUGCGUCUGAGUCGCCACGGCGACCGGGCCCGGGGCCGCUGGCAUCUCGUGGAGCCGGGAGCCGAGUCAAGAUCGGUUGGCAAGAGACCAGUGAACCCGGACCCCCAGACCGGCUCCUCACAGAGUCUCAUGAGCAUCUCAUCGUCUGCUGCUCUAGACAUGCAGAACCCCGGUCUUGGCCCCCAGUUCAUCGUGGGGCCCCCACCCAAGGUGCCUGGCAGGAAGAGAGGCCGACCACCCAUCCGUAAGCUGGAAUUUCAGCACCAUUACCCAGAAGUCCUUUCUGCCCUGAAGGUGCCUAAGAAGAGAGGAAGGAAGCCUGGUUUCAAGCUGAAGCCCAGGAUGCUGAUGUCCCCUCUAGCUGACUCCGCCCCCAGCAGCACCCCAGAGCCCGAGCUGAGCUCCCUCCCCCAGGACGCGGCCAUCGUCCCCCGGUCGGCCACGCCCCAGGCCCACACAGCAGAGACCUCGGUGCCGGACGACUUCCUGUGCGACCCCGUGGACUCAAAGCGUUACGCCGUCGACCCCAGCGACUCGGCCUUCGGCGUCAUGGCGACGGGGUUCCGACCCAAGCACUCUUACGGUUACCGCGGCAGCGGCGGCUGCUCCAACCCCACGGCCAUGUGCAGACGAGCAUCCAGUCCCGGGAAUUUCCAGGACCCAAACAGAAACACAGCCUACAGUCCCGGCUCUGAGGCCGGGGACUGCAAAGGUCCCGUUGGCAGAGACCCGUCGAGCUGGGGGGUGGAGGAGGUGGUCUGGUUCAUCAAAGACUCGGACCCUCAGGCGCUUGGGCCGCACGCAGAAGCCUUCAGGAAACACGUGGGUCCAGAGUACUCUCACAACACUGCACAGCACUACGCAGCACUACCACCACUCGUACUAGUACUAGGUUCAGAGGAAUCCUUGAUGAAACCGUGAGUUCAUAGUACUCUCACAACACUACUACCAUUAGGUUCAGGGGUCCCCUUGUGUACGAUUUCCCCUUACUGCGGCUUUGAGUUUUGUUCAGAGUUUCUUUUUUCAGGACUAUUUUAUUUGUUGGUUCCAUUAAGGAGUAUAAUAUAUUGAGCGGACAAUAAGAACAUUUCUCCAAAAACUCAAAAUUCGCAACCCACCACAUAUGGAUGGUAGGCAAUUAUAUAUUUGCGGGUAAAAGAGUGAUAAAUCAAAAUAGGGAUUUAUUCUCUCACAAUCUAUUUGGUCUGUGGAGGGAGAACAAGAUGGAAAAACCCAAUUUCUGUUAACAAAAGUGAAAAAUAAUCCAUAGUGGAGGAUUCCCUCAAGGUUAAUUUCAAGGCCAGUGAUUUCCAGUAUAUCCUUACACAUAACUCCUGUGGUGAACUAUUGACUUGCGAGAAGAUUAUAGACAUUGGACCAUACAGUGAAUGAUUGCCACCUGUGUCGAUUGUAUAACCUUCCGAAUCUUUGUCUCGGAGGAGACUUCUGAAUUGCUUGUGAACAUGUUCCUCCUGAAUUACGCUGAAAUUAAAAAAAGGCGAAGUCUGUUCUCUACCUUUUAGGAAUUCCAACAACCACAGUCUUUGUAGCGACUUCAAGAGUGGUUGAUCUCUUCCUCUGGUCCACCUGUGUG